ACAUUGCAGCACGCAGGCAUGGCAUCUACUAUGACAGGCUCGUCCCAAGUCCCAACCAAAGAUCAACAUUUUUUCGGAACAGUAACUGAUGUUUUUUUGUCUUCGUCUUUGUACAAAACGUGGCAAUGUGAUCUAAAAAUAUACUCCGUGUAUAGAUCUUUUUGGCAGCAAAAACAAAACGUAAAUCACAGUCAAUAUGAGUACGACCUAAAGAUAUAUAUAUAUAUAUAUAUAUAUUGAUCUCUGCGCCUCUUAAACUCUCUUCACAGUGUGGAUGCAUGGGUUCUUGAGUGUGUUUCUAGUCACACUCAAGUGCUAGUAAUUCGGACACUGCUACUGGCUGGCUUUUGAUAGUACAAGGGGUGGUGGCGAGAGUGAAUGCAUUUGGGCUUUGGAUAAUAAAUCGUGCCACCCACCGGCCAGCCAGCCAUGGAUGGACUCGUUGUCACUCGGUCCUAGCGCUGCGCCAGCACAGCACCCACCCCCAACGAACCACACCACAAUCUCCCUCACAAUGAUGAGCAGCUGCGGCUUCACUCUUCACUCGCUCGCCGCUGUCGCCGAGAGCUCCCUGACGCGCUGAGGGCCUGAGGCUCGCAGGCGGGGAGCAGGGAGGCAAGAAAGAAAGGAGGGGGGGAGAGAGACAGGGACGCCAUGCGCGCGCUCCGGCCGCCGCCGGGAGGCUCGCCGGCACCGGCGCCGUCUCCGUACCAGUCGCCGUCCCCGUCCCCGGCGGCACUGAUGGCCGCCGUCAUCAUCAGCUCGCCUCCUUCCCCCGGUGACUCCAUGGGGUCGCCGGGACAGGCGCCCGCGCCGGCGCCAGAGCCGUCUGCCGCGGAGACUGCCUUCACGAGCGGGGCGCGGCGAGUCAGCGGCGGGCUGAGCCCGCCGCUCAUCGCGAUGCUGGCGGUGGUGGGGGCCGCUCUCCUAGUGGUCCUCUACGCGCGUCUGGCCCGCCGCGUGCUCCGCGCGGCCCGCCGGCAAUGGCGCGGGUGGCGGCGCCGCCGCCUGCUGCGCCUCGUCCUCCCCGGCGCCGGCGGCUCCGUGUCCUCCCCAGCGAACGACUCCUUCGCGUCCUUCACCACCUACGACAACUACUACCACACCUUCUCCCCCUACUCGGGCCUCGACGACGCCGCCAUCAAGUCGCUCCCCUCCGCGCACUUCUUCUUCCCCACCUCCGGCGCCGCGGCCGCCCGCGACUGCGCCGUGUGCCUGCUGGAGUUCGCGGACGGCGACGAGCUCCGCGCGCUGCCGCUCUGCGCGCACGCCUUCCACGCCGACUGCAUCGACGUCUGGCUCCGCGCGCACGCCACCUGCCCGCUCUGCCGCGCCGCCGUCGCGCUCCCGCCGCCGCUCGCCUCCCCACCGCAGCACCACCGCUCCUCCGCCAGGCGCGUCCGGCCCAGCCUCGACGACCUCCUCUUCUUCCAUCCCGUCCCUCCCCCGCCGCCGAUUCUUCCCCCAAACGACGCCGAGGAGAUCACGGCGGCCAUGGCCAGCCCCGAGAGCAGGCAGCUCAACCCGAGGGAUUUUCUGCUCAAGCGCUCCUACUCCUUCGGGUUCGAGCGGAACAUCAUGGGCGGCGCCAUGGACCAGGCCGUCGCGGCCACGGCUUCCCCUCCAUGGCGCUACCGCCUGGGCGUCGGCGGCAGAGAAGACGGCCGCGGCGGCUUUGGGCGGAGCUUCUGGAGCAAGCGCUGGCCGUCCCCGUUCGGCGGCGCGGCGGCAGCGCGCGUCUUCUCGUUCCGCUCCGCCGCCGCCGCCAAGUCCUCCUCCCCCUUCUCCCGCCGCCGGGGCAGCGCCGCGGCCGCACCCGGAGCAGGCGGCGGCUUCUUCAUGUCCCUCUCCUCCGAGCCGCCGUCGAUCCUCGCCGGCGCCAGGCGCAGCGGCCGCGCGUCCAGCCGCCUCCGCUGCGGCGACCCCGAGGCGCUGCUCUCGCCGGACCGCCUCAGCCGCUAACCGCCGCCGGUGGCCACGAUGGUGGUGGGCCAGCGAGCUGGCGUGGACGGAGGGAGGAAGAGGACAGCAGCAAUGGCGCGAUUAAAUGCGCGGCCUGCCGAGGGAAAUUAAUGGCGGGAGGACGAGGCGGGGUCCCCUG